CUUGGGAUUGACGUCACACUACAGGAAGUAAACAUUAGCUCAUAGUUAUCUUGGUGAUCGAAAUAGCGCGCAUAUCAUUCUAUUUUACGAAGAUGGCGUGAACAGCACCUUUCAUCACGACAGCGUCAAGCCAACCCUCAAAGCAUGGCGGAGGUGCUGGGACAGAAGUGUUUGGUGGUCUUGGGUGUACUGCUGUCUUGGCUGGUGCUUUUUCAUCUGCUUGUUAAUAUCUGGCUGCUGUGCAUGUUCACAAGCCUGCUGGUGGUACUUGGUGGGUGGCUUGGCUCACAGGUGAUUUUGGAAUCCAACAGCGUGAUUCACCUGGAGAGAUUUAUCAAACUGCAACAGAUUCCUUCCACUGAGGAGGAUGAGCAUGACUUGGAUCAGGAGAUUUAUAAUACUGUGGGGAAAAUCAUCAGGGACUUUGUUUCCUCCUGGUACUCUACUGUGUCCUCUGAGAGUGGCUUUGAAAAGGAGGUUGAAGAGGCCAUGAUAUCCAUGGGCAUUGAGCUGAAAAUGCGUGCAAAGCAACUGGACAGAAAGAGACUGACCCAAAGGAUCUUGGAGUUGUUUGGUUGCCAUCUACAGGACUACCUUAGAGCCAAGGAUCUGGUUAUCCAGCAGCAGGUGUCUUCAAGAGGGAGCAAUGACAGCAAGAAAUUGUGGCUGGCGUAUUCUGGGAUUACCACAACUCAUUUUGUCAUGACCAGUGAGGCAGCAGAAGUCAAUUACACACGAGCAAUGGUGGACUUACUGCUGCAUGUUUUAGUGCCCCAGCCUUACUUGGAAACACGCACUGGACAAUUUGUUGUUGGAGAGCUCAUCACUUGCAAUGUCUUGCUCCCCCUUUUUGAUAAAUUGUCUGACCCUGACUGGCUAAAUCUUUUCAUGAUAGAAAUAUUUGGCAGAUCUACUAAAGCAAAGGCGAUGAAUGGAGAAGAGCGCCUAAAUUCAUCAUUACCCCCAACACCUACAGAAUUAGAACUCACUCUAUCUCAAGAGUUCACAUUGGCACUUCAGAAUAAUACUGAUGUCUCUCUGCCAAAAGCUCAAACUGAAACAGGAACCCAUGCAGAUAUGGCCAUGCAUGAACUAGCGGUAUUUGAUAGGGAUGAGUCAGAGAUUGUGGACUGUCAAAAGACCAAUACUGAAGAUGAGACAAUUCAUUUGUUCUCAAGAAAUUUGGUGAGAAGAAGCAAAUCAAAUCCCUUUUACCAAGAACAUGAUUCUGAUUUGGAGUCUCCGUUAGGUGACUAUAAACAGAGUUCCAUUGACUCGCUGGUCAUGAUCGGACAAGAGGAGGGCUUUUAUGACCAACAGAAAAAAUGUGGCACAUCUGUUGACAGCAACAAUAGCAAUGACUUGGAGGAUGUUUGCUUCAUUCAGGAAGGUGGCUCUUGUCUUAGAGGGGCACAUUCAGAGACAUUAGAGUAUUUAAAUGACCCAAUGGAAAAGAGUGCAGAGAGCACUCCCAUCGGCAGCCUUCAGAACUUGGAGAGUGAAGGUAGCUUUUCUUCAACAACCCUAGCGAGGGAGUUUCCUCUUGUUGUAGAACCGCCUGGGAACACCAAUGAAGGUAUUGUCAUGAGCCCAGUACCAGGUUCUUCACCCUUACCUUCAUUUAGUUUUGAGCCCCUUAUCAGCCCUGAUGGACCAAUCAUUAUCCAAAACCUUCGAAUAGCUGGCACCGUCACAGCUAAGGAACACCGUGGCACCGGCUCACACCCUUACACUCUUUACACCAUCAAGUAUGAGACAGCGAUUUGUUGUGAAACCCCUGGGCACAUCCAACCAUGCUCUGAGGAUGGCAACACAUUGCAUAUAGGUUUCGAAAGCUCUUCUUCUAUUCAGCCUGUGGCCUAUCACAUGGUCAACAGGCGAUACAGUGAAUUUCUUAACCUCCAAACACGAGUGGAAGAGAAAACAGACCUAAAGAAAUUAAUCAAAGGUGUAAAGGGUCCAAAGAAAAUAUUUCCAGAUAUGCCAUUUGGAAACAUGGACAGUGAUAAGAUCGAGGCUAGGAAAGGAAUGCUUGAGACCUAUCUCAAGCAUCUCUGUGCUAUACCCGAAAUAGCCAACAGUGAACAGAUGCAAGAGUUUCUGGCUCUGAAUACAGAUGCCCGGAUUGCCUUUGUCAAAAAACCUUUUAUUGUGUCACGCAUUGACAAGAUUGUGAUGAAUGCAAUCGUGGACACCCUGAAAACCGCUUUUCCUCAUUCCGAGCCCCAGAGCCCAACUGAGGAAAAUGAAGGCGAGGUGAUCACGGACAAAAAGAGCAAGUCACGUCUGAAAUUCUCCAGUAGAAGCAUCCCCUUUAUGAAUGGCUCAGAUAUUAGACUACCUGUAUUGUUCAGCUCGGAACAAACUCACACUAUGUUUAAUGGGAUGUCUUUGGAGGAUCUGCAAAGUUUUAUCUCAAAACAAGAGAAACUAUCUAUCACACUUCUGCCAAAUUGUGGGGAUGAUUCAAAUGUUACACAAAGAGGACAAAGCUGGCAUGAAUGCUCUACUGGUAGUCAAGGACAUGCUGAAACAGCUUUGGCUGAUGUAGCUUUGAACAUCCUGUGUCUCCUCAUGAGAGAGCAGUGGAGUUGGCUUUGCACUGAGAAUAUUCAAAGGACCAUCAGGCUACUUUUUGGGACCCUUAUUAACAGAUGGCUGGAUGUGAGUGUGGCCAACCUGACAUGUAUCAGAUACUGGGUACAUUACCUUCAGGUCAUCCAGGAGUCUGUGUGGCCAGGAGGAGUACUGCCCAAUUCCCCUCAAACAGAACGAAGUCAGAGGCAGAAAGAUGACACCAAGAAUGAAGUGUUAUAUUGUCUAAUGGGUCUUAUGCCAGGUACACAAGUAGGAUUUAUUUUCAGAUUUGCUUGGCUCAAACAAGUACAAGCUCAGUUGGCAGAUUGUUAUUGAGUCCUUCCAGGACCCUUACAUUAACAGACAUCUGGUUUACUGUCUUUGUGACCUUUUAUUGGAGUUCCUAGUUCCUGAAUUACCGGAGCAAAGUUUUCAGAGGAGUUUGCUGCAGAGCCCCGCCAAGAACCCAGAGAAGCUCUUGGCAUGAAGAAACACCACAAACCACAAUUUGUUUUUUUGUGCCAAAUCUGAUCCUUCAGCACGGGGGCUUCUGCCGGUGGCCUUAAACACCCUCAAACGUUACUCAUGACUGUUGCCAAGUGAUCAGGCCACUGUAAUUGUUACACAUGCAUACAAUAAUUGGGAAUAGUAUGGCUUUGACAAAACCAACUCCAAUUUGUCCUGCGAUUCUGUUCACAUUUUCUUGUCACAUCUAAUUAUAAAGUGGAGAAAAUGA